ACGAAAUGCACUCCGUUAGUCCUUCUGUUAAUUUCGAUCGUUAACUCGCUCACGUGGCAUUUUUUAUUUUUUUUUGAUGACGUGGCAAAAGCAAAUUGAAUACAGGUUGACGUGUCGUGCCACCUCACAUGCCACCUCACAUGCCACCUCAGUUAUUUUAUUUUCUUUUUUUUUUCUUCCUCUUCUUUCUUCAUCUUCUUUCUUCCUCGGGUCACUGAACCCUCUGCUGGUGUUUUUUCCAUUUUCAAGAUUGAAGUUUGACAUGAUGUUCUUUCUAUUUUCAAGAUUGAAGUCCGACAGAACCCAGCUAGAUUCAUUUCUUUCCAUUUUCAAGAUUAAAAUUCGACAGAAUCCAGUUCGAUUCAUCAAACUCAAUUGUCCAAAAAUCUCUCCCAACAACCUGCAAUUUGGAAAUCUCUUGUCAAACAAUCAUAUAACAGAAAAAGAAACUAGUUACCCAAAAAUCGCUGACGGCAAACAAUCAUAUAUAAACCAACAAAAAAAAAAAAAGGUAUCGUCGAUUUUUAUAAGGAAUUUGUGGAAGCACUGUUCAAGCUGCUUGAAGGAAAAGCUUCUAUAAUAGGCAAGAAAGAUUAAUUUUUUUUUUCCAUUUACAGACUGUUGACUAGCUUUGUCUACAUGGAUAAUAUAUGGCAGAUGUCCUCUAAGAAGAUAUCCUGCAAAGCACUUUUUCUAUCUAUUGGGCACAUUAGUCACACCAAAAAGAACUGGGAGCCUGGAAGCUUGUUCUCAUUGCAAGACCAAAUUGAUCAUAAGGUGCAUUUCAUCGAACAGGAAUUGCAAACUACUGAAAUUCCACUAAUACUGGUAGGGCACUCCACUGGUUCAUAUAUAGCUCUUCAGAUGUUGAGGAGGUCUCCGGAGAAGUAUGCUUAUUGUAUUGGACUGUAUCCAUUUUUAGCAUUAAAUCCACAAUCAAAGGAGCAGACCAUAUUUGGGACAAUUGCACGGAAUGAAGUGCUCUCCAGUAUAAUUAGUUCCUCUUUUGCAUCAUUGGGUUGCCUCCCUAGAGGGAUUUUGCGGUUUAUUGCGAAAUGUUAUCUUGGAAGAUCUAGCUCUAAUACUGCACGUGAGGCUGCUUGCUCUUAUUUGACACAGUAUCAUACUAUGCGGAAUGUGCUCUAUAUGGCAAUGACAAUAUUCAGAGAGGUUGCUGGACCUCUGGACUGGGAAUUUAUGAGAGCAAACCAGAAUAAAAUUGCAUUUUUGUUUGGCAUUGACGAUCACUGGGGCCCACUAGAACUGUCCACGGAGCUGAAUAAUGUGUGAAAAUUUGUGUUGCAUUUUAUUCCUUUCUAUAUUAAUUCUUCAUAUCAUCUUGAAUAAAAAUACUCAAAUGCC